AUGGAUCUGACCAACGUUUCUGAAGGGUGGAAGGAAAAAGGGGUUGGCAUUCUGAAAGUGAACAAAUUCAUCAACCCAAUCAAACAUUACCAUGCUCGGCUUGUCAUGCGUCAAGACGGUAUAUUGAAGCUGAUUUUGAACGUGCCAAUUGUGAAAGGGGUGGAGGUGUUCAAAGGAAUGGCCAGCUCGUUGAAUAGCGAUAAGUUCAUUCGAGUUCAGGUUGUUGAGGACUCGAAACCAGUGCAGUACGCGUUCAAGAUUGGUAUGGUCGAGAAUUCAUCAAAACUCUACAACGUGAUCGAAAGCUUGGUAAAGGAAGUGAAUUAG